AGCAACAACGAAAUCAAAAAUUUCUCCUCAAUUAUUUAGCUUGUUUUGUAUUUAAUUAUACGAAAAGUUGUUAAGCAACUAGCACAUUUAGAUAGGUGAUACUACUUGAAUCAGAUCCAGAGCCACCAUGAGCGUAAUUGAGAAACCAGAGGAGGUGGUGGAGGCAAAGCCGGUCACCAAUCGAGCCCAAAUGUACACGUUCGGUGAGUUGAUUCGGGCGAUGGGGGACAUAACCCUGCCCGGAUUUGUGUGGAAGGUGAUCUUCUGCCAGGAGCCAGUGCUGAGUGUCAUCUACCUGUUCGUGGGUCUCUUCGCCCUCGAUCUGCUGGCCAGCUAUUCCCUGGUGAAGCUGGUGGGCCUGGUGGGUCUGACCAUCCUGUGCCACGGCAUCGCCUACGCCACCAUCCGUCCGUAUGUGCGAUUUGCACCGUACGAGAACCUGCUGACCUGCCGCAUCGAUUUGACCUUGUGCCCGGAGAAGGUCGACCGGGUGGUGGGCUGCGUCACCAACUGGAUCAACCGCUGGGUGGCCACGGUGCAGUUCCUCCUCUUCGGAGACCACCUCCUGGCCAGUUUCCUGGUGGGGAUCGCCCUGUUGGAGCUGCACGCCAUCCUUCGCUGGGUGGAGAUCUCGCUGAUUAAGUUUGCCUACUGCAUGGCAUUCGUUCUGCCACGAAUUUGGCGCAUUUUCCGGCUUUGGCUGGAGCUGCAGCCCCCGCACAGCCACGCCCACUGGCUGAUCAGCACGGCGAGCAUGGGCAAGGAUCUCGUCCUGGAGGCCAUUGAAAAGGCAGCCCAGGAAUUGGAACUGAUCAGGGAGAGGAUCUUGGAGCGGGAACAGCUCGAGGGCCCAGGGGAUAUCUCCGUGGGUUGGAUAGACAAAAUCAUGGAAUAUAAAGAUUCAUUCGAGAAAUGGAUCUCUUCGCCGAAAACUGUUGUUAAGGAGAAAGCAGACAGUCUUUAAAAAUUAUUUUCAUAUCCUUGUUCACCGUUUUUCAUUCAAAACAAGACACUGAUGAUAUCCAAAAACACAACGAACCGAGUUAAACCAGCAUAACUUCCCUAAAAAAUAAUAUAUAUUUACACAUUACACAAUUAUCUCUGGUUUUAACUAAUUUGCAAAUUAUAUAUUUACAAAUCAUAAAUAUAAAUAAUUUUACCCAAAA